AUAUACAGGAGACAGGUUCUUUGAUUCUAUCCUACCAAAAAAUGAAAACCAACUUCCACUUUCAGCUUGACCAACAUGCAUCUCUGUGUUUCUUUCUUUAUGAAGGAAUGACUAUGAACCAUUACCAUCAGUGUUGUCAGUGUUCUCAUCUUUCUUCGCUUUAGGUAGGUUUUGUUUAGAAGAGCCAUGUUUUCUAACUUUUUCUCGAAGACUGAAAGUUUGAAACGAGAACGAGUAAACGAAUGAACAGUCCAACGACAAGCUGACUAUUUAAUAAAUUCGGGUUAGACGACCAUUUACCUCAAUGUCUGAAUCAGAAAUUCUAUUAUAUUGAGUUGUUUUCUGUUUCUGAACUCCACUCCCCGGUUCCUUACCACCGCUAUUAAUUUAUUUAAAUUAAUCCGCACCAGACAUUGAAAGAAGACUCCACCAUCACCAAGUUGAUACUUGAGGGUCAACACUCUCGUCUGUCAAUGGAGACCUUUAUUUUAUUUUGAUAGAUAUAGACCUUUAAAAUUUAAGCAAUAAAACACUCACUAUCCCCUUGUUUUCAGAUUUUUUUUUCCAUAUAAAAUCUGAACUCUCUUUCAGCCAUGGAGUAAGUAGAAAUUAAAAAUUUAAUGGAGAAAUAUACAUGCGAAAUUAAUUUAAGACAGGCACGGGAAGAUGAACAAAGGUUUGUGGGUACUGGGUAGCUAUUAAUCCAAGAUGACAUUGAAAUCCUGGAAGGAUUUGGAUCUGCUAUAAUUUUGUUUUGUAGGUGCCGCCGGUCAAUUGUGCAUGUGGAAAGCAGGAAAAUUAUUGAAUUCCUGAGUUUCUUAAUCCCCCAUUGGAGAAGAUACAAAAGUGGAUUGUAGUUGUUGGCGUUUCCUCUUUGUCUCUGUGCAGGCUGCGGAAGACAUGGCUUGUGUUCUUGCCAGUCUUCUCUUGUUUGCUUACUUGCUGCUGCUUCCUGGUCUUUCUUCUUCGCAUCCCUUAUGCACUGACUCAAAGGCACCUGUUACUCCGAAGACGCCUCUGGCCUUCUGUCCCUACAGUGGAAAUGUCUGCUGUGACUCUGCCAAAGAUCUAGAACUGCAAAAACAGUUUCAGGCUAUGAACAUCUCGGAUCCUGCCUGUUCUUCUAUUCUUAAAUCGAUCGUCUGUUCGAUAUGUGAUCAGUUCUCAGCAGAGCUAUUUCAAAUUGAAGGUCCUCAGCCAGUUCCUGUUCUGUGCAACUCCACUAUCUCAGCAAAUGCAUCCCAAUCUAACGGUGCCACAAAUGACUUCUGUGGCAAGGUCUGGGAUACUUGCCAAAAUAUUUCUAUAUUAAAUUCUCCAUUUGCCCCCUCAUUGCAAGGUAGAGCUGGUGUCCCAGGUAAUUCAACUUAUUCAAAGAUGACCGACCUAUGGCAGUCAAAAAGUGAAUUUUGCAAUGCAUUUGGUGGAGAUUCUGGCAAUGGAUCAAUGUGUUUUGAUGGUGAACCAAUUUCAUUGAAUAAUACUGAAACUCCAAGUCCUCCAAAUGGCCUGUGCCUUGAGAAAAUUGGAAAUGGAUCUUCGUAUCUUAACUUGGUUGCUCAUCCUGAUGGGUCCAGCCGUAUCUUCUUAUCUGACCAGCAAGGUAAAAUAUGGUUGGCAACUGUUCCCGAUGAGGAUUCUGGGAAAACAUUAGAGCUAGAUGAAUUAAAUCCUUUUGUGGAUUUAACAGAUGAAGUUUAUUUCAGUUCUGAGUUUGGUCUGAUGGGUAUGGCAUUUCAUCCAAACUUUGCACAAAAUGGCCGCUUCUUUGUUUCAUUCAAUUGUGAUAAGAUUAAGUGGCCAGGAUGUUCUGGAAGAUGUUCAUGUAACUCAGAUGUGAACUGUGAUCCUUCAAAGCUGGCUUCUAAUAAUGGGGCUUCUCCAUGCCAGUAUCAUAGUGUCAUCUCAGAAUUCACUGCUAAUGGUACCACAUCAGAAGUUUCCUUGGCAACAAGAGCCAAUCCUACAGAAGUCAGAAGGAUAUUUACAAUGGGCCUGCCAUUUACUAGUCACCAUGCAGGCCAGAUUCUCUUUGGACCCACAGAUGGAUAUUUAUACUUUAUGAUGGGGGAUGGUGGAAGUACAGGCGAUACUUACAAUUUUUCUCAAAAUAAGAAAUCCUUGCUGGGAAAGAUUAUGAGGCUUGACGUAGAUAACAUACCAAGUGCAAAGGAAAUUGAUACCCUUGGUCUGUGGGGAAACUACUCUAUCCCAAAAGACAAUCCAUUUUCUGAAGACACAGAAUUGCAGCCUGAGAUUUGGGCCCUGGGACUUAGAAAUCCAUGGCGCUGCAGUUUUGAUUCAGAAAGGCCUUCGUACUUUCUCUGUGCAGAUGUUGGUCAGGAUCAAUAUGAAGAGGUGGAUAUUAUCACUAAGGGUGGAAAUUAUGGAUGGCGUGCUUAUGAGGGUCCCUAUCUUUACAGUCCUCCAUUGUCUCCCGGAGGAAAUACAUCUGUGAACUCAACAAAUCCUAUCUUCCCCAUAAUGGGAUACAACCACUCCACUGUAAAUAAGAAAGAAGGAUCUGCAUCCAUUACUGGUGGCUAUUUCUAUCGUUCCAUGACCGAUCCAUGCACUUACGGAAGUUACCUGUACGCGGAUCUCUAUGCUGGUAAUAUGUGGGCUGGCAUUGAAACCCCGCAGGAUAGUGGGAACUUCAGUAGCCGCUCAAUUUCUUUCAGUUGUGCUCGUGACUCCCCAAUCCAAUGUGAAUCAUUGCCAGGAAGUUCUCUACCCGCUUUGGGUUACAUUUUCUCAUUUGGGGAGGACAACAAGAAAGAUGUAUAUCUUUUAACCAGCAAGGGGGUUUACAGAGUUGUUCGUCCAAGUCGCUGCAGUUAUGCUUGCUCAAAGGAAAAUGCUACAGCUGCAGGAAGUCCAAAUCGUGGUACUUCUACCCCUUCAUCUGGGAGUUGGUUGAGGGUCGCAUUCAACAAUGUGAUGCUCUUUUUGUCUUCUUCAUUGUUACUCAUACUGGGUUUUGUAUUCUGAGCUAAUUCCCCAGGCCUAGGCAGUAUUCAGUAUUGUAACGCUAUCCACAUGGUUGGUUUCAUUGCGGAGGUACUAUUUAUAGGUUACUACUGUGUUCUCCUUUGUACUAUUGUAGUUUCCGGAGUGUGCUGCAUUUUCUUAUCUGGGUACUUGCAUUGCAUGAGUUUUGCUCUUCUCUACUGAAAUAAAUGGAGAAAUCAGAGACUUGUGGUUAACA